UUGCAUGGUCAUUGGAUCAGUGUGUAAAAUUCUCUAUCAAUCUUAUAUCCCACUAUGAAGUCUUAAAGAGGAAUUCAAUACGCUAAGAAUUGCGAUUCUUCAACCAAAAAUGAUAUUUAAAACAAUAAAUAAUCGACGAGAAAUAGUUACGCGGGCCUUUACGCUACUAUCAAUGUACUCCAGAUAUUCGGACUUUUAUUUGCCCCGUGCGUCUAAUCAACAGCAGUCGUAAAAUCACUGCAGAUAACCGCGAAUUUGUCCGUGUGUGCCAAAAAUAACUGCAUGUCAUCAACCGCUGUUAGAGGCACUCCAACAAAGUUCUGGGUCGGUCAUUUAGGGGUUUGGACUUGGUACCCAUCGGACCAAACUGUGCUUCAUCUGUCUCGGUAACCAGCUGGAAUCUGAUGACUACAAAUUUAGAGAGGUGGAUUCGAAACCCUCACAAGAAGGAUAGAAUAGUAGCCGAAUAAAUAAUUCCAUCAAUCAAUUUGGGAAACUAUCAAUGGAUUGACCGAUUUUGUCAUCUCUAUUUGUGAUCCAGUGUUUACCGCCUUUAUUUUUCAGCAUGGAUGAUGAAAAGGAAUUCAGCCAUUCAUUCUCGAAUGCGGCAUACGAUUCAACGGAGCGAGACUAUCCAUUACAUAAGGAAAAAUCAAAAGUCAGAACAGAAACAGUAUUACUAGCAUUGAUUGUCAUCUUGGCGAUAUCGUUGGGAGGGGGCAUCGGUAUCGGCUAUGCGAUCGGGAACUCUAAAGGAAGCAAUGACGGUGGGUCAGCGAACCCAAUCGUAGGUCUUACAAGUACUAAGAAUCCUAUUACUGAACCACGAGCGACCGAACCACACAACGAACCACUUACAACAAAAGGCAAAACCCACACAGGAGAACCUACAAAACCCGCCCAUCACACCAACAUGCCUUCAUCAGCCCCUCCCCAUCAUACUGAUACGCACACGUCAGCCCCGCCCCAUCAGACGGGAACGCCCCCUUCCCCCGGGCCAAGCACCCCUCCUCCUCCUCCUCCUCCCACCUCUCCCUACGAGGACUGGGUUGACAUGCCGUGUAGAGACACCGGCCCGAGAUGCCCUGCAGGGAUCUCGUCUCCUCCAGUUCUUUUGAUAUCUCUCGAUGGAUUCCGAAGCGACUUCUUGACGCGAGGAUUGACACCUGUAUUGAGUCGAAUGGCUGAAUGCGGUGUAAUGACCCCACACAUGAUCCCGACGUUCCCUACUGUGACGUUUCCCAACCAUUAUACAAUCGUUACGGGGCUGUAUCCUGAAUCUCACGGCAUUGUGGGAAAUACUAUGUAUGACUUUAAUGGUGCCGAGUUUAGUCUGGGCUCAACGGAGUCACUCAACAACAGAUGGUGGGGAGGAGAACCGAUUUGGAACACAGCUCGAUGGCAGGGCAAGCGAUCUGCUACCUUCUUCUGGCCUGGGUCUGAUUCUGAUAUUCAAGGAAUCCGACCAAACUAUUAUAACAAAUACGAUGGGGAUCUGAAUUAUAUUCAGCGGUUAGAUACUGUGCUAGGAUGGCUUCGGCUACCCGACGGAUAUAGACCAGAUGUUGUGACUCUGUAUUUUGAUGAACCGGAUCACACUGGCCAUGACCCUGGACCAAACACCGACGAGCAAGACGAAGUGAUAGCUCGUAUGGACGGGCUGAUGAGGAGACUGAUGGAUGGUUUGAUGGCGAUGGACAUGAUCGAUUGUGUUAACAUCAUCGCCAUCGCUGAUCACGGCAUGGCUAAUAGGACUUGUGAUCAAACUUUCAUUCUAGACGAUUUUCUACCAUCAAGUGAUUACCGAAUUGCUACUACAGCUGCAACCAUGUUGAGAAUACUUGCUAAUGAUGAUGCGACGGUGUCUGAUCCUGCCGAGGUUGUAGAAGAGCUCCUGUGUAAACAUGAAGUGGCCAUUCCUUAUGUAAGAGAAGAUUUACCAAAGAGAUGGCAUUACAUCAAUAAUCGACGGAUCGAACCCAUUGAGGUCACUGUACCAGAGCAAUGGUCUGCUUCCGGGGGAGCAACAACUUGGUGCGACGGAGGAACUCAUGGAUACGACAAUUUAGGCAAUUUAAUGAAGGCAAUGUUUGUUGCAAUUGGACCAGGUUUCAAGAGCCAGGUAGCAGUCCAGCCUUUCCAGAAUAUUGAGUUAUAUAACGUCAUGUGUGAACUUUUGGAUCUUGAGCCAGCUCCAAAUAAUGGAACGAUGGGAAGCCUUCAUCAUAUGCUCAGAAAUCCUAAACCACUUCCAGAUGAUUCAACCACCCCCACGCCUAAAAUGGACUGUCCCUUCCCUUCAACUGAUGAGGAUUACAACAUGAGAUUGGAGAAUGAUACUUCAGGGUGUGACUGUAAUGCCACCGAUGUUGAGAUGUACGAUGAAGAAUUAAACCUUUCGUCAGAGGAAGUAAAUGAAGCUCUGCUGCAGCACGCACCGUUGGGCGCUCCUGUCAUGACCUUUGACACGGAUUACUGUCACCUGACCCAGCAUGAUUACGUCACAGCGUACAGUCAUGACCUCCGGUCUCCGAUCUGGUCGUCCUACACUCUCCAAAGGCCUCAGCCGAUGAAUCAGAUGCCGAUUAUGCCCGACUGCCGAGUGCGACCCGAUGUCCGAAUCGAUGCCGAAUUCUCACCGAGUUGUUCCGAUUACGAGGGCCUCACCGAUGACUUCACUGAUUUAACCACCGGCUAUCUGUUCCCUCCUACUUUAACGGAUAGUUCUGAACGCCUCAUGGAUACCCUUAUUUCAACCAACACGGUGCCACAGUUUCCAGGUUUUAUCACAGAUAUAUGGGAUGGCUUUCUUGUACCCCAUCUGGCUCUGUGGGCUAACAUCAGCUCGGAGAUCAACGUCGUGACCGGUCCCGUUUUCGACUACGACGGUGAUGGGUUAAGAGACAACAACAACACGCUUGAAAAAGACGGGGUGAUUUAUGGCGAUUCUCCUAGUCUGCUGCCCACUCACUACUUCAUGAUUAUAGCAAGAUGCAAAGGAGGUGCCCAGCUAAACAGCGCAUGCGCAGAAGUAGAAUCCGCUGCUUUCGUCUUGAGAAACAACCGUGGGAUCAAAACUUGUCAGACAAAGCCAGACUACGUGGAGCAUCACCUAACUACAAUCAAGGACAUCGAGAAAUUGACCGGACUCGAUUUUUUUCCAGAACUCCCUCGGUAUGAGGCGAUCCAGCUGAAACUCUAUGCCCCCAACAAAGGCGACAUAUGGGCCCAGUGGCCUCUAAUGGACAGUCUUCAUUGAUCAUUAUUGUAUGUUCUUGUGUUAAUUCCUUUAAAGAAAAGGAAGAGAAGUAUCGCAACUUUAGUAAUUCGUAGUGUAAAGUGAUUAUUCUCCAAAUCUCCAAUAUUUUGCGUUAUUAAGGACUUUUUUUGUCUCUUGCUGCAAAUAAUGACAAGGAGGUAGGCCUACUUUAGUUUGUGUCAUAAAAAACAAGUCAUACAUGGGGCAAUUGUAUUCAUAAACUAAGUGAAAGAGUUUGAUGGCAAAUCUUAUCAAAUUUGAUCUAUCUCCAUCUCUCUCCCUCUCUUUUCUGUCUCCAUUCCCUUGUAUUAUUUUUUUAAUAUU